GCCGAAACGAGACUGGGGGUACGGAAAAGCCCAUAUCGCGAACAACAUCGCGGCGGAACGGGCUCGCCUUCUCCUUCCCCUUCUCCUGUCCUGUCUCCUUCGCCCGCGCCGCGCCGCCUGCGCCGAUCUCCAUCCCGGCGAGCACCGCUGCCGGCCUCCUCUGCUGCUUCCGCCGCACACUCUCCUCUCUGACUCCUUGUCCCCCCCUCCCCCCGGGCUUCGGCUCCCGUCUCCACGAGAGUCCGCCAGCCGCCUGCGCUGAUCUCCAUCCCGCCGUCGCCGCCGCCGCCGCCGCCGCCGCUGACGGAGAUAUGAACCAGCCGGUGCAGAAGAACACGCUCUAUGUAGGUGGGCUGGCGGAGGAGGUGGACGAGAAGAUCCUGCACGCGGCGUUCGUGCCCUUCGGGGAGAUCAAGGACGUCAAGACGCCGCUCGACCAGGCCACGCAGAAGCACCGCUCCUUCGGCUUCGUCACCUUCCUCGAGCGGGAGGACGCCGCCGCCGCCAUGGACAACAUGGACGGCGCCGAGCUCUUCGGCCGCGUCCUCACCGUCAACUACGCCUUCCCUGAGCGCAUCAAGGGAGGAGAGCAGGGGUGGGCAGCACAGCCAAUUUGGGCUGAUGCAGAUACUUGGUUCGAGAGGCAGCAGCAGGAAGAAGAAAUGCAACGCCUUCAGGCAGAGCAGCGUGCAGCGAUGCAGGCAGCAGAGAAGCUGCACAGGGAGAAAUUGGCUGCAGAAAAAGAAGGGGAGAAAGAAGAGGAGACUGAUACCAAUGCAGACCCCAUGGCUGCAGCAGAAGCUCAGGCCUUGAAACAGAGCUCUUAAAUCCUUGUGUAUUAAUGUUAGAACAGGUAGUACUGCAGGCAUGUCCAUUUGUCAAAUGCAUGCUAUUCUAAAUCCGUCGGUGCAACUAACAUGCUAUUCUCUGCGGACUUGCUAAGCUAGUUGUUAAGUUGGAGCUUUCUGUUCAUACUGCCUGUGUACCACUAGUAACAUGGAUUUUGGGGCUAUGAAAAAUUGAUUUGUGUUUAGCUGUACUGUCACAUUCACAGGUGAUUUGCAUGUCGUCUUAUUCUC